AUGGAUCAAUACUUACUUGGUUUGCACUACGUUAAGAACCUGGCCAUUUUUCUGGCUGCCAUCGUUGGCCCCCUGACAUCCUUCCAAUCCUUGACAAACAUCUCUUACGACAAGAGUGUUCGACCUGAUCCAGCCAAUUAUUCGGCCUAUGACUUUAUUAUCGUUGGCGCAGGGACUGCUGGAGGAAUUGCUGCAGCCAGGCUUUCAGAAAGUGGGAAAUAUUCUGUACUACUCAUAGAAGCCGGCGGAGAUCCACUAGAAUUGAAUGAUAUCCCAUACUUUCACGGGUUUAACCGGGACCGUCCCGAAACGGACUGGCUUUAUCGAACUGUUCCUCAAAAGCAUGCAGCCUUCGGUUAUUCCAACAACUCGACACCGUACCCGAGAGGAAAGUCACUUGGUGGGAGCUCGAACAUUAACGGGAUGGUGUUUCUUCGUGGGAAUCCAAAUGAUUUUAAUGAGUGGGCCACAAUAACGGGAGAUAGUGGAUGGAGCUUCGAAAAUGUGCUGCCGUAUUUUAAAAAGUUGGAGCAUUAUCUGACGACAGAGGGAAUAGUGGUCAAAUCUAUGUUUCAAAUCAAGAUUUCCAUCCACUUCAAGAUGAAUGGGUCGAAGCAGGAAGAUAACUCCGGUUUCCAUUCCAAGAUCCAAACGGCAAAAGACAAGUCUCUUAUCGAUAUCAAUCCAUUCACUUUAGAGGUGGAAGGCAUAACCUACAGGAGACAUGGCAAAUUUGUGAAACUUCAAGCAAAAAAGGAAGUCAUCCUAUCAGCUGGUGCUGUUGGGUCACCACACCUCCUCAUGUUGUCUGGCGUCGGACCUCGUCAGCACUUACGCGAAAUGAAUGUAGGUUCUUGA